GACCGACACUUGCAGCCAUUUUACGCAGGACGAACCCAAUCAUGUCGUGAGCGACGCCGGCGGGUCACCUGGGCGGAGCCAGCAGCAGCUGUCCCCCGCGCGCGCGUGCGUGUGUCCCGGUGGUCACGUACACACACACACACACACACACACACAGGCGAGCAGGCAGGUCCAGCCAAAAUGGUGAAGAGGAAAAGCCUGGACGAGAACGAGCCGGAGUGCGGGAAAGGAAUCCCGUUCCCCAUCCAGACCUUCCUGUGGAGGCAGACCAGCGCAUUUCUGCGUCCAAAGUUGGGAAAGCAGUAUGAAGCAUCAUGUGUGUCCUUUGAGCGGGUGCUGGUGGAGAAUAAGCUCCACGGUCUGUCGCCGGCCCUGUCGGAGGCCAUCCAGAGCAUCUCCCGCUGGGAGCUGGUCCAGGCAGCCCUGCCUCAUGUCCUCCACUGCACCUCCAUCCUGCUGUCCAACAGGAACCGGCUGGGCCACCAGGACAAGCUGGGCGUGGCCGAGACCAAGCUGCUCCACACGCUGCACUGGAUGCUGCUGGACGCCGCGCAGGAGUGCAACCACGAGCCCAGCCUGAGCCACGGCUGGUCGGGGGGCAGCAGCAGCAGCGCCUUCCUCCAGCCGGUGGGCAACCAGGGGUCGUCGCCGGGGGCCCCCGGCUCGGCCCUGGGGGGGUCGGGUCCGCAGCACAGCGGCUCCCUGCCGGAGGAAGACGAGCACGCGCGCACCAAGCUGUUCCACAAGAGCAUGGCCACGGUGGAGCUGUUUGUGUUCCUGUUCGCGCCGCUGAUUCACCGCAUAAAGGAGUCGGACCUGACCUUCCGAUUGGCCAGCGGUCUGGUGAUAUGGCAGCCGAUGUGGGAGCACCGGCAGCCGGGCAUCUCUGCCUUUACUGCCCUCAUCAAACCAGUCCGAAACAUUGUGACAGCAAAGAGGAACUCCCCAGUCAACAACCAGUGCAGCCCCUGUGGGUCUGGCAACCCGGGUCCCAUGGGUUUCCAGGUGGUUUGCGAAGCGGCCCAAUCAGAUAGCUCCUCCCCCGCGGCUGGAGAGCGGAGCUGUCGCCGUGGUAACUCGGUCGAGAAAGGCGGCCCUUCCCAAACGCCCCCGCCGGUGAAAGGCCCUUCCAAGAAAAAGACAUCGGCCCCCGCCGGCCUGCCGACCUCCCUGGCCCAGCGAGCGCGCUACGCCACCUACUUUGACGUGGCGGUGCUGCGCUGCCUGCUGCAGCCACACUGGACGGAGGAGGGCGUGCACUGGGCCCUGAUGUACUACCGGCAGCGGCUGAGGCAGAUCCUGGAGGAGAGACCUGAACGCACCCCCGAACUUGUGGUCACGCCUCUGCCACGCCCACGCAGCAGCUCCAUGGUGGCUGCUACGCCCUCACUGGUCAACACCCACAAGACUCAGGACAUGAGGGAAAAUGAAGAGGGAAAAUCUGUGAGCACCGAGACGUUCACGAAGGUUUCUCUGACCAGCCUCCGUCGACAGGCCGUCCCCGACCUCUCCUCUGACCUGGGCAUGAACCUUUUCAAGAAGUUUAAGAACCGGCGCGAGGACCGCGAGAGGAAGGGCUCCAUCCCCUUACACUACACGGGGAAGAAGCGUCAGCGGCGUAUGGGCGUCCCUUUCCUGCUCCACGAGGACCACCUGGACGUCUCGCCUACCCGCAGCACCUUCUCCUUCGGGAGCUUCUCCGGCCUCGGAGACGAUCGGCGGCCUCUGGAGCGCGGGGGCUGGCAGGCCACCAUCAUGGGCAAGUUCACACGGAGGGGCAGCGACACGGCUGCAGACGCCGACAGCCUGAGCGCCAAACACUCUCACUCCCACCACUCGCUGCUCCGAGACAUGCCCGACCACUCCAACAGCCACAGCGACAACACCGUCAAAGAGGUGCGCUCCCAGAUCUCCACCAUCACCAUGGCGGCGUUCAACACCACGGUGGCGUCCUUCAACGUGGGCUACGCCGACUUCUUCACGGAGCACAUGAAGAAGCUGUGUAACCCCGCCACCGCCCCCGAGCUCCCCGCCGAGCCGCUGGCCUGCGCCAACCUGCCGCGCAGCUUCACCGACUCCUGCAUCAACUACUCCUGUCUGGAGGAAGGGGAGAACAUCGAGGGCACCAAUAACUUUGUGCUGAAGAACGGCAUGCUGGACCUCACGGCCGUCUUGCGGGCUCUCUACGCCGUCCUCAGCUACGACAUCAGUUCCAGGAUCUGCGACGUGGCUCUCAACAUCGUCGACUGCCUGCUGCAGCUGGGCGUGGUGCCCGGCAUGGGCAAGAAGCUGUCCAAGCCCGACAACAAGGAGAACCAGGAGGCCCGCGCCAAAGACGCGUCCGGCCAGGGCCUCGGAGGAGGCGCCCAGGGCGGCGGGGCAGUCCCGGGGUCAGGAGCAGGUGGAGGGGGCGAUGGCGGCGGUGGUGGUGGAGGAGGAGGAGGAGGAGGAGGAGGAGGAGGAGGAGGAGGGGGGAAGCGGCGGAGGGAGCGGGCAAGGGAGCAGAGACGACAGGAAGAGGGCUCCGGCUUCGGCGCCCACCGCCUGGCCCUGACCAUGCUGAUAAAGAUCGUGAAGUCGCUGGGCUGCGCGCACGGCUGCGGCGAGGGACACCGCGGGCUGUCCGGCGAUCGCCUCAGGAUGCAGGCCCAGAACUGCCUGACCAGCCUCUAUAAGCUGGACACGGUGCAGUUCCGACAGACGAUCCGCGAGUACGUCAACAAAGACUCUCUCAAUAACAUUGUGGACUUCCUGCAUGCACUGCUGGGCUUCUGCAUGGAGCCCAUCACCGACAACAAGGCCGGCUUCGGGAACAACUUCACCACGGGGGACAACAAGUCCGUGGCCCAGAACAUGGAGGCGGUCGUGGUGGGCUGCAUGUUCAAGUCCCUCAUCACCCGCUGCGCCUCCACCACACACGAGCUGCACAGCGCCGAGAACCUGGGUCUGUACUGUGACAUCCGCCAGCUGGUGCAGUUCAUUAAGGAGGCCCACGGGAAUGUGUUCCGCAGGGUGGCGCUGAGCGCGCUCCUGGACAGCGCCGAGAAGGUCGCCACCGCCAAGAAACCCGAAGAGAAGGAGGAGGCCAAGCAGCCCGGACCCAAGAGGUCAGAGGCGGGUGUGUCCGGGGAGAAGGGUCAGGUGUCCAGUGCUGCAGAUGAGUGUCGCAGCUACAUCUCCAGCAGACCCACCCAGACCCCCGAACACGAAGAGCAGCUGCCGGGCGCCCUGCUGGGCCGGAAGGACUUCUGGAGGAAGAUGUUCAAGUCGCAGAGCGCCGCCAGCGACACCAGCAGCCAAUCGGAGCAGGACACGUCGGAGUGCACCACCGCUCACUCCGGCACCACCACCGACCGGCGCUCCCGCUCCAGGUCUCGCCGCAUCUCGCUCCGCAAGAAGCUGAAGCUGCCGAUAGGCAACUGGCUGAAGCGCUCCUCUCUCUCUGGGCUGACUGACGGCGUCGAGGACCUGCUGGACAUCAGCUCCGUGGACCGACUCUCCUUCAUACGUCAGAGUUCAAAGGUGAAGUUCACCAGUGCCGUGAAGCUGGCCGAAGGGGUCGCGGUGGGGCCGGAGUUCGCCAGGGACGAGGAGGAGAAUUUCUUCAAGCGGCUCGGUAAAUGGAGCGUCGCCGCCAGCCAGGAGGCCAUGAAGAACAAGAACGUCGUGAAUCUGGGCGCCAUCCGCCAGGGCAUGAAGCGCUUCCAGUUCCUGCUGAACUGCUGCGAGCCGGGAACCAUCCCCGACGCCUCCAUCCUCGCCGCCGCUCUGGACCUGGAAGCGCCGGUGGUGGCCCGGGCCUCCCUCUUCCUCGAAUGUGCCCGAUUCGUGCAGCGCUGCAACCGUGGCAACUGGCCGGAGUGGAUGAAGGGCCACCACGUAAACAUCACCAAGCGAGGUCUCUCCAGGGGCCGAUCCCCCGUCGCGGGCAACAAAAGGAACCAGAAGCUCCAGUGGAACGCGGCCAAACAUUUCUGCCAUUGGGGAGACGCGAUCGGCACGCGGCUCAGUGAACUCUGCCACUCGGACAGCGAGAGCCCCGCAAACAUCCUGGGCUACAUCUUCGACGAAGAGACCAAGCGGAGGAUGAGAAAAGAAGACGAGGAAGAGGACUAUCUGGAUGACAACACCGUCAAUCCAACAAAAUGUGGCUGCCCCUUUGCCCUAAAGAUGGCUGCCUGCCAGCUGUUGUUGGAGAUCACCACCUUCCUGCGAGAGACCUUUCCCUGCUUGCCACGCCCACGCACCGAACCCCUAGUGGAUCUGGACAGCUGCCGCCUGCGCCUGGACCCGGACCUCGGCCGCCAGCGCUACGAGAGGAAGAUCAGCUUCGCGGGUAUCCUCGACGACGAAGACGGACACGACUCGCUCAACAGCAGCAGCCACACGCUGAAGUCCGACAGCGCGGCCGACGACAAGAAGCAGCAGGAAGUUCAGGCGCCGAACCGAAAGAUCCGCAUCGGAGGCUCCCGGCUGCUUCAGAUCAAGGGCGCUCGCAGUUUCCGCAUCAAGAAAGGCGGCUCGCUGUCCUCCAUCCGCCGGGCCGGGAGCCUCAAGAGCACCAAGAUGCCGCGGCAGGACUCCGAGUCCGAGAACGACGAAGGGCUGCUCUCGCAGACGCACAGCCGGGACACCGUGACCGACAUCGGCAGUCCCUUCAGCACCAGUGAGCCCAGCAUAGAGCCAGAGGGCCAGGGCUCUGGCGGAGCGGAGGACAACUACCACCGCAACAUGUCCUGGCUCCACAUUAUGAUCCUGCUGUGCAACCAGCAGAGUUUCAUCUGCACCCACAUCGACUUCUGCCACCCGCGCUGCUACCAGCACCACAGCCGCUCCUGCGCCCGUCUGGUUCGCGCCAUCAAGCUGGUGUACGGCGAGACGGUGGACAGCCUGAGGGAGGACAGCGCCUCCUCCUCGGGUGUCCUCGGGGCCCGGGCCAAGAAGAGCCAAGAGUGUUCAGACAAGUCUUGCCUGAGGACCCCGUCCAUGAAGAGAAGACCCGCCGACUCCAACACAGAGGGGAAGAAGGACACCGGCAUGCUCAAGUACAUCCGCAACCAGGUGAUGAGCCUGUCCCCGGCUCCUCUCUCGCUGCUCAUCAAGGCCGCUCCCAUCUUGACCGACGACAUGUACGGAGACAUCCAGCCCGCGGCCUGGGAGCUCCUGCUCAGCGUGGACGAACACAUGGCCGCCGCCGCCGCCGCCAUGUUCCUCCUGUGUGCGGUGAAGGUCCCCGACGCCGUGACCGAGAUGAUGAUGGCGGAGUUCCAGCACCAGGAGGCCUGCCAGCGCAUCAACUCCAUCUUGAAGUUUUACACGCUGUGGCGCUUUCGCUACCAGGUGUGGCCUCGCAUGGAGGAAGGAGCCCAGCAGAUCUUUAAGAUCCCUCCACCCAGCAUCAACUUCACUCUGCCAUCUCCGAUACUGGGCAUGCCCUGCGUGCCCAUAUUUGACCCCCCCUGGGUGCCCCAGAACACGGGCAGCGUGCAGGACACGAUCAAUGAAGACCAGUCUAAAUCCUUCUCGGCGCGGGCGGUGUCGCGCUCCCACCAGCGGGCCGAGCACAUCCUGAAGAACCUGCAGCAGGAGGAGGAGAAGCGGCGGCUGGGCCGCGAGGCCAGCAUCAUCACGGCCAUCCCCGUGGCCCAGGAGGCCUGCUACGAGCCCACGUGCAGCCCCCCGCCCGAGCAGGAGGAGGAAGAAGAAGUGGUGAACCUGGCGUCCCGCCGUCUGUCCGUCAGCCCGUCGUGCGCCUCCAGUAACUCCCACAGGAACUACUCCUUCCGCCGGGGCUCCGUGUGGUCCGUCCGCUCACUGGCCAGCGCCGAAGAUGAAGAGAACACGACGGAACACACUCCCACCCACCACAUGCUACAGCCGCCCCAAGCCGUCUUCCCAGCGUGCAUCUGCGCCGCAGUCCUCCCGAUAGUCCACCUGAUGGAGGACGGGGAGGUCCGAGAGGACGGAGUGGCCGUGAGUGCCGUCGCCCAACAAAUCCUGUGGAACUGCCUGAUUGAAGAUCCGGCCCUGGUCCUCCGCCACUUCCUGGAAAAACUCACAGUGAGCAAUCGACAGGAUGAGCUGAUGUUCAUGCUGAGGAAGCUCCUGCUCAACAUCGGGGAUCUGCCGGCCCAGACGUCUCACAUCCUCUUCAACUACCUGGUGGGACUGAUCAUGUAUUUCGUGCGCACUCCGUGCGAGUGGGGAAUGGACGCCAUCUCGGCCACGCUGACCUUCCUGUGGGAGGUGGUGGGCUACGUGGAGGGGCUCUUCUUCAAGGACCUCAAGCAGACCAUGAAGAAGGAGCAGUGUGAGGUCAAGCUGCUGGUCACUGCAUCCAUGCCAGGAACCAAAACGCUGGUGGUGCACGGGCAGAACGAAUGUGAUAUCCCAACACAGCUUCCAGUCCAUGAAGACACUCAGUUUGAAGCCCUCCUCAAGGAGUGCCUCGAGUUCUUCAACAUUCCCGAAGCCAGAUCGGCACACUACUUCCUCAUGGACAAACGAUGGAACCUCAUCCAUUACAGCAAGACAUAUGUCAGAGACAUCUACCCCUUCCGGCGAUCAGUCUCUCCUCAGCUCAACCUGGUCCACAUGCUGCCUGAGAAAGGACAGGAGCUUAUCCAGAAACAGGUGUUUUCCCGUAAGCUGGAGGAAGUCGGUCGGGUCCUCUUCCUCAUCUCCCUCACUCAAAACAUGCCGGCUGUGCACAAGCAAUCCCACGUGUCCCUGCUGCAGGAAGACCUCCUCCGCCUGCCGUCCUUCCCACGAACCGCCAUCGACGCAGAGUUCUCGCUGGUCAACGAGCCGCAAGGCAAGGAGCUGUUUGGGCUGGACACCCUCCACAAGGUGCUGUGGAUCAAGCUGCUGGAGGAGAUGUUCCUGGGCAUGCCCAGCGAGUACCCCUGGGGCGACGAGAUGAUGCUGUUCCUCAACGUCUUCAACGGGGCUCUGCUGCUGCACCCGGAGGACAGCGCCCUCCUCAGGCAGUACACCGCCACCGCCAUCAACACCGCCGUGCACUUCAACCACCUCUUCUCCCUGAGCGGGUACCAGUGGAUCCUGCCGACCAUGCUGCAGGUCUACGCCGACUAUGAGAGCGACCCCCUUCUGAGGCAGGGCAUCGAGUUCUGCUGCCGGCAGUUCUACAUCCUCCACCGCAAGCCCUUCGUCCUGCAGCUGUUUGCCAGUGUGGCUCCGCUGCUGGAGUUCACAACCAGCACCAGUACUGGUCUUUCUAAAGGAGUGUCCGCUCAGUGUCUGUUUGACCUGCUGGUCUCUCUGGAGGGUGAGACCGAGGACGCUCUGGACGCUCUGGAGCUUGUGAAGGUGGAGAAACCUCUACGCUCUCUCGAUUUUUGUUACGGUAACGAGGACUUGACCUUCUCCGUCAGCGAUUCCAUCAAGCUGUGCGUCACCGUGAUCGCCUACGCCCCCGAAUCCUUCAGGAGUCUCCAGAUGCUGAUGGUGCUGGAGGCCGUGGUCCCCUGCCACCUCCGGAAGCUGAAGAUCAACACAGUGACGAUGGAGUCGGCCUCGGCCGCCCGGGACGAGAUCGCAGCCAUCGCUGCUCUCGCCACGUCCCUGCAGGCCCUCCUGUACAGCUCGGAGACCCUCACAAGGCCCAUGACGGCCCCCCAGAUGUCCCGCUGUGAUCAGGGCCACAAGGGAGGCACCACAGCUAACCACGCCAUGUCAGGAGGGGUCAACACCAGGGACAACCUCCACCUGUUGGAGGAAGGCCAGGGCAUGCCGAGGGAGGAGCUAGACGAGCGCAUCGCCAGGGAGGAGUUCCGCCGUCCCCGCGAGUCGCUGUUAAACAUUUGCACCGAGUUUUACAAACAUUGCGGCCCGCGACUCAAAAUCCUGCAGAACGUCGCCGGCGAGCCGCGGGUCACGGCGCUGGAGCUGCUGGACAUCAAGUCCCACAUGAGGCUGGCGGAGAUCGCCCACGCCCUGCUGAAGCUGGCGCCCUACGACACGCUGACCAUGGAGAGCCGAGGGCUGCGGCGCUACAUCAUGGAGAUGCUGCCCAUCACCGACUGGUCGUCCGAGGCCGUGCGCCCCGCCCUCAUCCUCAUCCUCAAGAGGCUGGACCGCAUGUUCAACAAGAUCCACAAGAUGCCUACGCUCAGGAGACAGGUGGAGUGGGAGGCCGCCAGCAGCCUCAUCGAGGGCAUCUGCCUGACCCUGCAGCGGCAGCCCAUCAUCUCCUUCCUCCCGCACCUGCGCUCGCUCAUCAACGUCUGCGUCAACCUGGUGAUGGGCGUGGUCGGUCCCUCCAGCGUGGCGGACGGGCUUCCUCUCCUCCACCUCAGCCCCUACCUCUCCCCUCCGCUGCCCUUCAGCACCGCGGUGGUGCGACUGGUGGCCCUGCAGAUCCAGGCCUUGAAGGAGGACUUCCCUCUCAGCCAUGUGAUCUCGCCUUUCACCAAUCAGGAGAGGCGCGAGGGGAUGCUGCUCAACCUGCUCAUUCCCUUCGUGCUCACCGUGGGCUCCGGAAGCAAAGAUAGCCCCCACCUGGAGCCGCCGGAGAUCUUCCUGCUCCUCCAGACGGUCAUCAAUAUCCUGCUGCCGCCCCGGAUCAUCUCCACCUCCCGCACAAAGAACUUCAUGCUGGACGCCUCCCCGGCUCACUGCUCCACGCCGGGCGACCCGGGGAAGGACCUGCGCAGAGAGGGACUAGCGGAGUCCACCAGCCAGGUCGCCUACCUGGCGCUGAAGGUGGUGCUGGUUUGCUUUGAGCGCACGUUGGGAAACCAGUGGUACCGGCUGAAUUUGCAGGUGAAGGAGAUGGCGCAGAGGAAAGUGGGCGGCUUGGCCUUCUGGGACUUCAUCGACUUCAUCGUGCGAACCCGCAUUCCCAUCUUCGUCCUGCUGAGGCCCUUCAUUCAGUGCAAGUUGUUGACGCAGCCCGCCGACUCCCAGGAGGAGAUCACGGCGCGUCACCACAUCGCCGACCAGCUGGAGCGGCGCUUCAUCCCGAGGCCUCUCUGCAAGAGCUCCCUGUUUGCCGAGUUCAACAACGAACUCAAGAUCCUCAAGGAGGCGGUGCACAGCGGCUCCGCUUACCAGGGCAAGACGUCCAUCAGCACGGUGGGCACCUCCACGUCGGCGUAUCGCCUCAGUUUGGCCACGAUGUCGCGCUCCAACACGGGCACCGGCACGGUGUGGGAGCAGGACAGCCAGCCGUCACGCCAACCCUCCCAGGACACGCUGAGCCGCACCGACGAGGACGACGAAGAGAACGACUCGGUGAGCGUUCCCAGCGUGGUGAGCGAGCACGAAGCCUUUCUGCCUCGCAGUUUAGCGCAGCGGCGUUUCUCCAGCCACGCCACCGGCUCCGCGGCCUCGCAGCCCGAGGUCCCGCGCGCCACCCUGCCGCCCAGCCACAGGGUGGCCAGUGUGCAGAGUGAACCGGGCCAGCAGAACCUUCUGCUCCAGCCUCCUCUAGGAAGGAAGAGAGGCCUCAGACAGCUGCGGCGCCCCCUGCUGUCCAUCCCGAAGGGCGAACCCCGGAGUCGGUCCGGAGCGAGGCUGUCCAGGAGCAUGCAGCCCAAGAACAAGCCGCUGGCGCUCGGAGACCAGAAGAGGUCAGUGACCUUUACAGAGACUCAAGGGCCGCAGACUCCCAGCGCGUUGAACCCUCCGGCCGAGGGCAGGAGGCCCGGUGUUGCCCCGAGCCUCGGAGUGCCCCCCGUCUCCUUGGCGACGGUGAUUGCCGACUUGCACAGCCCUGCUAAGGCUCAGGUUCCGAGCAGCAGCAGCAAGGACAGGCGGGAGCAGUGGGGCCUCCGCAGCAGCCUCUCCCCUCCCCCCUCCCUCUCCCGCCCCUCCACCCCGACGCCCCCAUCCCGAACCUGCUCCCCGCUGCGCCUCUCCCGCAACUGCUCCCCUCUCCCGCUGUCCCGCACCUCCUCUCCUGUCCCUCCGCCGCUCCCGGUGCUGGGCACGGCGCCGGCCCCCGGCCCGCCUCUGCCUCCGCCUCUGCCGCCGCUUCUCCUGCCGGCGCUGCCGCCGGCCCGGAUCCGAGAGAGCCCCGGGGACGAAGACACCGCGCGGCUGCUGCCGCGCAGCGGCUCGCUGCUGCAGCUCAGCGAGGACGAGGGCACGGAGAACCCCCUCCUCACCCCGCUGCUGGCCCACCCCUCCCCCCGCCGGCGGCCCCUGCCCUUCUCCCCGGUCGACCUGGACCUGGACGAGUCCCACGUCUGAGGGGGACCGACGGGCGCCAAAUGCCACGCAAAAAUACCCGCAGGGUCCGGAUAACAGGGAGGCUGCGAACACGUCACGAGGGAUUUGAUUGGCCGAAGGUCUCAAAGGGAGGAGAAGCAUCUUCUGCUCUCUCAGCCGUCGACUCGUUUUCUAUCCCGGCUGUAGGACCGGAUCGUAAAAAGCCAUUUUUGUUUUUCUCCUAAAAGUACAACACUCUCCCCUCCCUCCCUCUGUGGGUCUCUUCUUUCAUCUUCUCAGUGUUGAAUAUAACCUUCUUGUCCUCUGUCUGUUCCUCUGGCUACACACUCUGCAGGUUGAAUGUACACUUUAUCAGCAAUACCUUCCUCAUGCUGUAUUUUGAAGACGAAAGGUUUAUUUUUUUUAUUUAAUUUUGGAUGAAUGCUCACUUGUAAAAGAAAAAUCAUAUUUAAAGAAUUGGUAUUUAACAAAUGAAUGCUGUAGAUUAGAAUAUCUAUAUUGCGGAGAGCUAUAUAAUAAUAAGAAAAGGAGAAGUUGUAUUCUGUACAGUUUAUUCUAAAGCGCCUUUAUAUGUAAGGGAAAAGGUGAUAUACAGUAAAUAUUCAAUAUAGUAUAUGGAUUUUAAACAUGUAAUGAUAUAUAAGACAUGAGUUUUUUGUCAGUCCUGUCUCAUUGUAAUCAUAACGUGGAUCUGUGUGACUCUGCAGUGUGUGUGUGUGUGUGUUGUGCUGCUCGCUGUCUCAGCAGAAUAUUUAAUAUGUGACCAAAGACGGUGUUUUUGUGUUUGUCAGCUUAGAAAAUAUACAUUUCUAGAAAACAACCGGAUAACCAUUUACAGAAGCCUCAGUCACUCGUCCUGAUGUUGCAGUGCUUUGCGUGCGUGUGUGUCCGUGGCCUCGUUAUUCCACGCCUUAACGGAGAAAUAUGGAAAAGAAAACAAACUCAUACCUCUGAAAUGUCCUCUCUGUAUUGUAUUGUUCGUGGAUGUUCAAAAACAUUAGUAUUUAUUUUUCUGUGCGAAACGUGCCGUUUUGACACCGCUUCACCAAAUGUAGUGCUGGCGUUACAUCCUAUAAUACUGGAUGAUCAUGUGCCAUAAGCUCGAGGUGGUUUACUAUGCAGCGGGUGUAGAGAGGAGGGGAUGCCGCCUCGGUGAAGGGGUCUGAUAUCACAACAAAUACUCAGUGUAUUCUUAAUAAAAACACACAUUACUUGUC